AGCUGUUUGGUUUUUUCUUUAGGUGUGCGGCUCUGUUCCUCUGGCUUCCCAGGCGUGUGCGGAGCCGCGGCCCCCGCCCGCCCAGCCUCCCCAGCGCCCCUCGCUCGCCUCCAGCCCACGGAGAGCGCGGGCGCCUAGCCGCCUUUAAAAGUGAGGCCAGGGACCCAGGCGUUGACCGGCCUGGAUCCGGCCCUCGCUUUCUCCCUCGGUGGCUCUAAGGCUUCCCUCCUCUCUUCCUCAGUGCGGGCGAAGAAGCGAAAGCGGAUCAUUCUCGGCUGGGGCCGCCUCCUCCUGGGCUCAGCACGUCCUCCCGACGCACCCGCCCACCCGGUCCGGCCAGACCCGGGCAGCCGUGGGGCUCACCCUGCCAGGAUGUUCGCAGCCGGUCUGGCUCCCUUCUAUGCCUCCAACUUCAGCCUCUGGUCGGCCGCUUACUGCUCUUCGGCCGGCCAAGGCGGCUGCUCCUUCCCCUUGGACCCCGCCGCGGUCAAGAAGCCCUCCUUCUGCAUUGCAGACAUCCUGCACGCCGGCGUAGGGGACCCUGGGGCGGCUCCGGAGGGCCUGACCGGGGCCUCAGCAGCCGCCCUCACAGCGCACUUGGGCUCGGUUCACCCGCACGCCUCUUUCCAAGGUGCCGCCAGAUCCCCGCUUCGACCCACCCCAGUGGUGGCGCCCUCCGAAGUCCCGGCUGGCUUCCCGCAGCGGCUGUCUCCGCUCUCGGCCGCCUACCACCAUCAUCACCCACAGCAACAACAGCAGCAGCAACAGCCGCCGCAGCAACAACCCCCGCAGCCACAGCCUCCUCCUCCACCCCGAGCCGGCGCCCUGCAGCCCCCAACUUCGGGCACGCGAGUGGUCCCGAACCCUCACCAUAGCGGCUCGGCCCCGGCCCCCUCCAGCAAAGACCUCAAAUUCGGAAUUGACCGCAUUCUAUCUGCAGAAUUUGACCCGAAAGUCAAGGAAGGCAACACGCUGAGAGAUCUCACAUCCCUGCUAACUGGUGGGCGGCCCUCAGGGGUGCACCUCCCCGGCCUGCAGCCGACAGCUGGCCAGUUCUUUACGUCUCUAGAUCCCAUUAACGAGGCUUCUGCCAUCCUGAGUCCAUUAAGCUCCAAUCCGAGAAACUCAGUUCAGCAUCAGUUCCAAGACACAUUUCCAGGUCCCUAUGCUGUGCUCACGAAGGACACCAUGCCGCAGACUUACAAGAGGAAACGCUCAUGGUCGCGUGCUGUCUUCUCCAACCUGCAGAGGAAAGGCCUGGAGAAAAGGUUUGAAAUUCAAAAGUACGUGACCAAGCCUGACCGAAAGCAGCUGGCGGCGAUGCUGGGCCUCACUGAUGCACAGGUGAAGGUGUGGUUCCAGAACCGGCGGAUGAAGUGGCGGCACUCCAAGGAGGCCCAGGCUCAGAAGGACAAGGACAAGGAAGCCGGCGAGAAGCCUUCAGGCAGAGCCCCAACUGCAGAUGGCGAACAGGAUGAGAGGAGCCCCAGCCGCUCCGAAGGCGAGGCUGAGAGUGAGAGCAGCGACUCCGAGUCACUGGACAUGGCUUCUAGCGACACAGAGAGGACUGAGGGGGCUGAGCGGUCUCUGAACCAAACAACAGUUAUCAAGGCCUCUGCAACCGGAGUCCUUGUCACUGCUGGUUGUGGUGGGAGUGGCGGGAGCAGUGCCGGCACCAGCAGCACCAGUUUUAGCUUUAGCAACGCCGGCAGUAUCUGUAGCAGCGGCAGCGGCAGCGGCAACAGCAGCGGCGGCAGCGCGGGGAGCGCCAGCAGCCUGGGCAACAGCAGCAGUGGCACCUCGGAGCUGCUCCCCGAGCCCCAGCCCACAGUCAGCAGCGCUCCCAUGAGCCCCGAGCCCGGCCCAGCCCCGCUUGGCGGUUUAUAGACUGGAAUAGGGUGGAGGAGACCGGGCCCUGCAUAUAGCCUCCUGUUCACAGGUGGAUUUUGUGCCUACUUUAUUUUGGCAACUGGGCUAGAGCUGGGGAUGCAGCGGGGAACAUCUUUCCUGACAUUCACAUUUUGCCCUUCUCUCCUUGAUGCCUUUGCUGUCUGUGGCCCACAUGGUUCCAGUUCCCAGCGGAGGCCAAUCUGUGUCCCCUUGGCAAAGGUUCCCAUUGCCAGUCAGAACACUUUUCCUUGGACACAAGCAGCUCAGAACUGUGAAGUGUUAGGUGAAACUGUACCUCCCCACAGGGGGUGGUGGCUCAAAGAUGUGCUGCACUUAGGAAGCCUUAAACUUGUAAAUAAAAUGUUUAUUAUGGUU